AUGGAUGACGAGUUUCUCAAUGACUAUCGCAAAGCUGCUGAAGUCCAUCGCCAAGUCCGCCAGUAUGUGCAGACUAUCAUUAAACCUGGCGUUUCCAUGAGCCGGCUUGCCGAUGAGAUUGAGGAUGGUGUUCGGGCGCUGACCGGCCAUCAAGGCCUCGACACUGGAGAUGCCCUUCAAGCCGGUAUGGGAUUUCCGACUGGGCUUUGCCUGAACAACGUAGCUGCCCAUUGGACUCCCAACCCCGGGGCCAGUGAGGUUAUCCUCCACUACGAUGAUGUCUUGAAAGUGGAUUUUGGAGUUCAUGUCAGCGGCAGAAUCGUCGAUAGCGCUUUCACCGUGGCCUUCAAUCCAGUCUUUGAUAGCCUGCUAGCUGCUGUUAAAGCAGCCACCAAUACUGGACUCAAGGAAGCAGGAGUUGAUGCCCGGAUUAGCCACAUUAGUGCGGAAAUUCAAGAGGUGAUGGAGAGCUACGAGGUCGAGCUCAACGGGAAGACUAUCCCCGUCAAAGCGGUCCGAAGUAUCACUGGGCAUAACAUCCUACGGUACAAGAUUCAUGGCGACAAACAAGUCCCCUUCAUUAAGACCCAUACGAACCAACUAAUGGAAGAAGGCGAUGUAUUUGCCAUUGAAACCUUUGGCAGCACCGGCAAAGCCUAUCUUAGGGACGAUGUGGGAAUUUACGGCUACGGGCGCAACGAGCAUGCCAAUCCUACUGGCCUUCAUCACGCCUCUGCCAAGUCGCUAUUGAAAAAAAUUGAUGAGAAUUUUGGAACCCUCGUCUUUUCUAAACGUUAUCUCGAGCGUAUUGGGGUGAAGAACUACCACCUUGGCAUGAAAUCACUCGUCUCAAAAGGCAUUGUGGAGUCCUAUGCACCACUGGUGGAUGUUCCUGGCUCUUAUGUCGCACAGUUUGAACAUACUGUGCUGCUUCGACCCAAUUGCAAAGAGGUAAUCUCCCGAGGAGAUGAUUAUUAG